GUGCUAGCUUACGCGUGCGCAGCCGACCUGGUCGCUUCUAAUAACACAAGUAAUAACAGGUUUAUCGGGAGUUCGUUUUCAAUUUGUGAUCCCGCAAAACAAUCAUAUACCAACCGUAGCUCGGGACAUUGGUGUGCUAUUUUUCACCGGCGGCGUAGUCAGCUAAGUAAGCCAAGUGGCAAGGUGGCAGAAUGAAAGCUUUAUGAUCAUGAGACAUAAAAGCACUCAUGGAUCAUGUCUCUGAUCCUUUUUGCCUUCGUGGCGCGGGUGAGGGAUGGACUCCCCCUGUCCGCCUCCACCGACUUCGAGUACAACCGAGAGCUGCAGGAGAGGAAGCGGCAGCUCAAGACCAUCAGCAGGGCACUGCCGCUCUUCCCGGAAAGAGCCGCGGUCAAGGGUCAAGAGCUCAAUAUCUACUUGGUGUCUUCAGAAGGAGUGUCCUACAUGACCGUGUGUCACUGGAGCAUUCCCGCGGCGAUGGCCUUCUGCUUCCUGGAAGACCUACGCUGGGAAUUCACAGCCUGCUACAAUGCCAGUGUUGUGUCGCUGGCAGACAGACCAUAUCCAUUUUUGGAGUUUGACGGCGCAAUUCAGAAGCUGAAACGGCAGUACAACCGCAAGGGCGGCCCAGCCCUCCAGGUCACCUUGGCGGAAGUCCAGGAGGACCUGCGGCUCCGCCCGCCUCAGAUUCUCACCCUAGAGGAGCUCGAGCUGACGAACGGCUCUUCAAAUGGUCACACGGAGGAGCAAUUGGCUACCUCUGGCCAGAGUGUAAAAUUGGAACCGGUGACGGCGCCUGGCAUUCUCUCGCUGGUCCUCAACAUCAUGUGUGCGUCCCUGAACGUCAUCCGAGGCGUGCACCUCAUAGAAUAUACAUUCCAGGAAGACAACGACAGCAUGCGCAACGUCGUGGCAUUCCUCGUGGCAUUCCUUUGCUGCCUGCUGCAGUGUCACUUGUACAUCUUCCACUCCCGCCUAAAAGCAGUCAAGUCCCUCGGUCUGCUGAGCGCCAUCAUCCUAUGCAAUGUCUUCCUACGCGAGUUGAGGAACGUCCUGCAGAUAGCCUUUCACGUUGGCGUAGCGUCGCUGUCCACCGCGCUCACCUUCCGGCGUAAAGUCCAGGAUGGGAGCCCCGACUGCAGGGUCUGACGCGUCAAUACCUUUUCUACCGUACUUUGAUGACGUUUUAUACAGCCCUCAAAAAGGCCAUUUUGUCGGGUGGAGGAAUACAACGACGGCUACGAAGGAUUUGAAAGCACUUAUUUCAAGGGUUGUGUUUCUUGUCUUUCCACGUGUGACAAUUGCUGCAUAUCGGAGCACAGCUUCCAAUUAUUUAUGGUAGUAGCAAUGUUUACUUAGCUUUGCGGGUCUAUUUAUUUCCUGGUAAUUUCUGAUUAAAAAAAAAAACAAUUGCUACUACUUGAACUGUUGCAACAAGUCCAUCCGCAUUGAUGAUAAAAUCACGUGUAUGUUGUCAUUCAUGUUCCAAGGCAGGUAACAAAAGAUUUUAAAACAGCUGUUGUGUAUUGUUCUUUUCAAAAAUUUGGUUUCGUUUUAUGAUUUGCUGUGGCUGAAGUGACCUGUCAUCAAGAAAAUAUUUUAUUUCUCUU